AGAGUCUAGAAAAUUCUCUGCCCUUUUUUAAGCGCUUGUCAGACGCCACACUGCAACACAACGUGGACUGGAAGUAACCUAACCGAUAGCUCGUACUCUACUAUCAAUAUAGAUAGAAGUGUGACUGGUGCACGGCGAUAGCAGGGUCUCAGCGCAGCUAGCUGGAAACUGUACCGUGUAGUUUUUACUUCAAUAGCACUUACAAGUACGUAAGGCUAGCCAACAGCUUUACCCAGCGUUAGCUAGCUAGCUAUCGUUGACGUGAGACAGGGUGUCUCCUACUGCGUGGUUUCAGAAGUAUAGUUAGCUUUAGCCACCACUACUGAAGCCGGUGCUCAUUUUAAAAUUGUGGUGCAGGAGUAACGUUAGGAGGGAUACAUCUGCUUCAUGACGAUGACUGCAGAGGAGCAGAUGAGUGAAGGACAACACGCCAUCCCAAUGGAGGGAGAGGACAUCACACCGAAGAAAGACGGGGGUGUUUUAAAGCUGGUGAAAAGGGAAGGCACGGGCACAGAGCUGCCCAUGACCGGCGACAAAGUGUUUGUACACUACGUUGGCACACUUCUGGAUGGUUCUCAUUUCGACUCGAGCAGAGACAGAGGAGAGAAGUUCUCCUUUGAGUUGGGCAAAGGUCAAGUAAUAAAGGCAUGGGACAUCGGUGUGGCCACCAUGAAAGUGGGGGAGUUGUGCCAGCUCAUCUGUAAGCCAGAGUAUGCUUAUGGAUCUGCAGGCAGUCCGCCCAAGAUCCCCCCCAACGCCACACUUGUUUUUGAGGUGGAACUGUUUGAAUUUCGAGGCGAGGACGUAACCGAGGAGGAGGAUGGAGGAAUCAUCCGGCGCAUUAUCACUAAAGGGCAGGGAUACUCCAAGCCUAACGAAGGAGCUUCUGUGGACGUAAUUGUGGUGGGUUCCUGUGAGGGCCGCGUGUUUGACGAGAGAGAACUGAAGUUUGAGGUCGGAGAUGGAGAGGGUCUUGGCUUCCCAGUUGGAGUGGAGAAAGCUAUAAUGGCGAUGGAGCAGGAAGAGGAGGCCCUCUUCAAUAUUAAGCCUAAAUACGGCUUUGGUAAUGCAGGCAAUGCCAAGUAUAACAUUCCUGGUGGAGCGACACUGCAAUACAAAAUCAAGCUGACGGCCUUUGAGAAGGCGAAGGAAUCGUGGGAGAUGAACACGGUAGAGAAGCUGGAACAGAGCAGCAUUGUCAAAGACAAGGGAACCCAGUAUUUUAAGGAGGGAAAAUACAAGCAGGCAUCAGUGCAGUACAAAAGGAUCGUGUCAUGGCUGGAACACGAGUCUGGUUUGUCAGAGGAGGAUGAAAAUAAGGCCAAAGCUUUGCGGUUGGCAGCACAUCUGAAUUUAGCCAUGUGCUUCCUUAAACUACAGGAGCCAAAUCAAGUCCUAGAAAACUGUGACAAGGCUCUGGACCUGCAGGCAUCGAAUGAGAAGGCUUUGUUCCGAAGGGGAGAGGCACUGUUUGGUAUGAAGGAGUUUGACAAGGCAAGAGAUGACUUCCAGCAGGUUGCUCAACUGUAUCCUGCCAACAAGGCUGCCAAGAGCCAGGUGAGCCUUUGUCAGAAACGAAUCAAGGAGCAGCACGAGAAGGACAAACGCAUCUACGCCAACAUGUUCCAGAAAUUUGCAGAUAGGGAUUCAAAGAAGGAAGCAGAGACUGUGAAGGGUGAGGGAAAGGCGAGCGACGAUGAUGGGAUGGAAGUUGAGAACGGAGAAAAGGAAGUUGCCAGCGAAGCAUAGGCGUAGAUAAAGAUGCGACUAUUGCGGUUCAUCUGUGCUUCAGACUUUUGUAACUUCAGCCGUGUGUGUGUGUGUGCGCGUGUGUGUGUGUGUGUGUGUGUGUACAUGUGUGAGAUCGAGCAUGUCAACGAGAGCACUGACUUUAGGAGCGUCUCCGAUGGCUCUAUUUGUCCCCCGGGCUCUUUGCUUUAGCGGCCACCCAAGCUUGGGUGGGGCUUCUCCAGCUGAUAGCACCAUGGGACGUGGUUUUAAUAAAUGAAUCAUGUGCCACAACAACCCCACCCCUGAAACCUCUCAACCCGCAGCUUUGAACUGUGCAUGUGUUGUCACAGCGCUUUGGGUAGGAUAAAAGUGUAUCCAAGUGUUAAGAGCAGAAUUUCACCCGUCAAGGGCUAGACCAUUCACCUUGCACUACCCCCUGUCCUCUACCCUUCAUGUAUUAUGUUAUCCAUUGAACACUCCUCAUGGGCCUACUGAUCAAUUCCUGGAGUUGGGAUGGUCGUGUGCAUAGAUACGUGUCUGAAUGUGAGAGUGACUGAGUCCCAAAGUACGUAUGUAGCAGCACUGUGGAUAGGUGGAGUAAUAAGACGUUAACCUGGAAUAGCUAUCAAACUUUCCGCUUCUUUCUUAAUCUAAAGACGGUGCUCCUCUAUAACCCCCAGGUUACAUGACUGUUUACCUUGACUUUGUACUUUUCUUUUUCUGGUGUUGUGCUUGUGACUUCUUUGUUCUCAAGAUGAUGAGUACAACCAAUGACUUAACUGGAAUACGUACAUUUUAAAGCAGCUAGAAAUGACAUGAAUUAGCCUCUCCUGGACACACAAGUAAUAAAAAUUAGUCUUAAUUUACUGUAAAAAAAAAAAAAAAAAAAUACAUGAAUGAACGUGUGCUUGUAUAGCCUGUUGGAAUCAGGCUGUUGAAGAUGGUACGCCAGGAUAAGAAUAUGUCAGCCCUGUUCACCGUCAGUCAACAGCACCUGUAGAGUGGGGCAGAAGCUGAAUUAGGGGGGUUAGUUUAAAACUGGUCCAUGGAUUGUGUGUUGAGUUUCUUUGUCUUCUGGAAGGGUCACUGCUUGGUCUGCCCUGACAGAAGUAUAUAAUAAAGAAUAGCUACAAUUUGA